AAUUGUGUCAUUUAAUUAUUAAUAAAUGUAUUCUACACUGUGUAGUGUAUUCUGUAUGUUAUCACGAACACACAAUAUUUAGUGCGUCAGCCCUAUGUGAAUGAGUGUAGCAGACAACAAGACAUGCUAUUAAGAUAAGAUGGAGUUCAUUGUCCAAAAGGAAAUUUGUCUUAGACACAUACAGUAUCAGCUAUUAAGAAAUAGAAAAUACUGUGACAGUCAUCAUAAUAGUUAUGACUUGUGGAAGUAACAAAAAUGAAUUGAUAAAAAUGGUGGUGAUGAAAAUGCAUGGGACUUGAAAAAUAGAAAAAUAGAGUGAUAAAUGAAUGACCUGCAUCCAACUUCUUUGAUAAUUCUUGGGACAAAGAAAAAGGGCUGUUGCAUAUGUCUGAGUGGAUAUGAAGAUGUGAAUAACAUCACUCCUCUGCCCUCACCAACUCUGGACCUGGACUUCAACCAUGAGUUUGGUCUCCAUCCCCUCUGUGUAGUCUACAUGGGUGGAGACAGGAAGAGGCAGAGGAUGGACCAUCAGACGUCACCAAUGCCUCCUGUUAGACCUCUCCUUCUCCUCCUCAAGGCUCAGUCAGGAUUGAUGGUGAGAGGGUGAUGAGCAGGAGUCAGUGGAGCUGUGCAUACUGAAUGAAAACCUGCAAACUGGGAGUAUUUUUUGUUGGAUUUGCAAAACAACUUCAGAGGGAAAGUCUGCAUUUUUGCGCUUCUGCAUUUGUGGUUUCUUGCUCCUUGGAUGUUGCUCCACGGUGCAGCGCGUUUGCCAGCUGGCAUGUGAGUGAUAGCGUGCAGUUUACAGUAAGCUGCGCAUGCAAUAAAACACUCCUCUUCUUCUUUCACCAUGCUGUUAAUCGCCAGAUGAUACCUGUUGAUUUUGCAUCGCGCCAUGUCCUUCUGUCGGACCGAGCUGGACAAUGAAGUUAUGGGAUAGCCUGACCACUUGUUUGGUCCUGCUGAGCUCCGUGCACGGCAGCCGGCUGCUCCGGAGCAGACGACCGCAGUCCGAGUCCGAGUCCGCCGAGAGGAGAGGACGAUUCGGGGAGAGUCCUCUGGAGCUCCCUCCGGUUCAGGUUCAGGUCCGCCUGUCUGUCUCCUCCCCGGACAUCAGUCGCUCUGAGGCGGAUACAGAGGACUGGGAAGAGACGCUGGCUGGAGGAGGAACAUACGCCAUGGAGGAGCCCCCACCAAACGAGUUUGAAGAUGUGGUGGACUUCAUCAAAGUGACCAUCAGUAGAAUACGUCGUUCCUCCUCAUCCACCUUGUCCUCAUCUACCUCCUCCACCACCUCCUCCCCCUCCAAAGAAGACCUGAGCAGCCAGACUCGACACAGAAGGGAGAGGAAGAAAGGGGCGAGCCAGCGGAGCGGAGGAGGAAGAGGAAGAGCUAGAGGAGGAGGACAGGGCUGUGUGCUCAAACAGAUCAUCCUCAAUGUGACGGACCUCGGUCUGGGCUACCGCUCCAGCGAGGAAAUGAUAUUCAGGUACUGCUCCGGACCCUGCAGGAAGUCCGAGACCAACUACGACAAAAUCCUUUACAACCUCGCUCAUAACAGGAGGCUUCCUCCCAAAGACACGCCCCCUCAGGCUUGCUGUCGGCCAAUAGCGUUUGACGAUGACCUCUCAUUUCUGGACGACAACCUCGUCUACCACACCGUGAGGAAGCACUCUGCCAGGAGAUGUGGUUGUGUGUAGGAGUGUGAGGUGGCUUUGUGUAGUUUUACAUUCACUCACACUUUGAAGUAUAAUGUUGAGUGUUUUUUCUUCCGAUUUAUCUCACUGUGAGGAAAAUUUCAGACGUUGUAUGCGGCCACGCGUGACUUGAGUCCACCGGUAAAGGAAUAGGUAAGGAGAGGAGGUGGCGUUGCUACAGUUUUUACCCCAAAGCAAUGAUCCUCUUCUUCCUCCAUUAAAAUAUCCACAAUUUCCUUUACAGUUUACAACUUAUAUCGCUAAUAUGUUUAUGAGAUUUUAAACGUCUCCAUGGAUACUCAACCUAAAGGACUGAAAUCAGUCCGGCUCAAUGGAUGAGACUCUUUCUGUCUACUGUAUAGCACAUACAGUAUGUUACAUCGAAGAAGUUAUACACGUAUGAAAUGUAUUUAUGAAAUCUUGAAUUUAUUAACUUAUUGAUAUUUAUUUUGUUUUUAUAAAAGGAAUACAUGUUAUUUAUUAUUGUAAUGUGAUGUCUCAGAGUGUGCCAAAGGUUUAAGUCAAAGAAGUUUAUGGUUUAUUUCCAUAUAAAAGCAGUAAAAUACCGGGUGGUUUACGUUGCAAAAUGAUCUUUUAGGCGCCCUGUGGAGUUGUCUUGUAAACAAAGUUAUGUGUGCAUUCAGUGUUUCUCACUAUGUUGUGUAUCCUUGAGGUCUAACAAAAGAGUUUAAUACAUUUUCUUCCUCGUAAAACAUUUGCAAAGCCGAUUUUUGAAAAGAUGUAUUUUAAAUCGUGCAUUGUUUACAUUCAUGUUCACAAGCUUGCAGUCUUCUUCUUGAACUAUUUUAUAAUUUUUCUAACAUUGUAAUGGCCUGCUAUCUUGGUCAGGUCUCCCUCGAAAACGAUUUUAAUCUCAAGUGACUUCCUGGUUAAAUAAAUAAAAAAUAAAUUCUUCUUUGCCUUUGCAUUGCUACGUUGCUUGUUACCGGGGACCCCCUGUUAAAAAUAUUGCUCUAUAGCACUACUAGUGGUCGAAAACUCCACAGGGUACCUUUAAAGUUUUUCUUCACAGGAAAACCUUCCUCAGUAUCUUGGCGUUUACAAUGUUCUACAACUUUAGUGUCAUUUGACUGCAUUGUUGCCUGUUUUUGUUUUUAAUUAACAAAGUGAGAGAAGCUAUAUCAAAACAUUAGUUCUCAUGAUUAGAAGAAUAGUUGUUUAUUCACUGCUAAUUUCAUGUCCUCCUCUCAGAUGAAUUGCUGUGUUAGUAAAACAAGAUUUCCUCACUUUAGAAACAUAACUACAGCUUUAUUUUUAUACGGUAUUCACUUUUAAAUUGUGUCAUUUAAUUAUUAAUAAAUGUAUUCUACACUGUGUAGUGUAUUCUGUAUGUUAU